CCAAAGUUCCCAGGGGGUGUUGUCGUCGUCCACCUGUUAUGCAGCUGGCCUAGGAUCGGAUCGGAGUCGGGUAGCCCAGUAUCCAGGGACCACAGCCAGCCGGAGGACCAGCGAUGGAGGCGAAGGUGCACCGCCAGCACCAGCGGCAUCGCCGCACGGAGGCGCGUCAGCGGCGCCUGGAGCGCGAGGCGGCCGCCACGGGGGCACCACCCACCACGCCCGAGCGGGCGGAGGCCCUGGACUGUGCCACCGCCCUCAACGAGGGCGUGGCGGCGGACCCGGGCGGCAGCGGGGGCACGCCCAGCAGUGCGGGUCGCAUCAGUGCCCAGAGCUCGGCGGACAGCAUCGAGCUGGUGGGUUCGCCCAGCCAGACGUCGCAGCAGACGGUGGUCCUGGUCAACGGCCACGCCCCGCCGGGCCAGGGGGAGGGGGAGGGAGAGGAGGAGUCGCCGCUGGGCGCUGGCAAUCCCCGGGAAUCCCCGCCGCCGCCCAAGCAGAGCGACGGCAGCCGCAACUCCUCCGGCGAUGCGAUGAGCCUGCGGGAGACCCUGCAGCAGCUGCCGGCCACGCACCACCAUCGCUCCAGGCGCACCCACUCGCCCGCGGAUCCGGACGCCUCCUUCCACCGCGGAAUACUCGGGUACAUGGACAGGGAGCUCAAGCAGAGCUCGCCCACGCCCUCCGCCCCCGCCGGAACGGGAGUCGGAACAGGAAUCGGGAACGGAAAUGGAAAUGGAAGUGGCCACGGCAAUGGCACAGGCACGGGCGCCUCCCGCAAACAGCAGUCGCUGUCCGAUCCUCAGGCCAGUCCCGCCCAGCGAUCCCUGCGCUCGAGGAGCAGCUUCGACAAGAGUCCGCGGCGCAAGAGGAGCAAGUCGGAGUCCCGCAGGCGACGCGAACGGAAGCUCAUCGCCGCCGGCGAGAUGGAGGUGCGCCAGGCCAACGAAACCCUGAUGCGGUACCUCAAACAGUGCUCCGACAUGCACGACGCCUCGCUCUCCGGCGAACUGGAGAUCGACCAGAGCCUCGAGGAGCGACGCGUCCACCGGAAGACCAAGUCGCAGAGGGACAAGCGGGGCCAGCUGAUCAGCAAACUGUACUCGGCCGGCGGGAUAUCCUCGAUUCUGAAGGAGCUGGCCGACGACAUCGCCCCGGCGGACGGCGAGGAGAUCUACAACCCAUUCACGCCGGUCGUCUCGCCCACGGACGAUGCGCCCGCGCACAUCGACAAGAUGUUCCUGCAGACGUCAUCCGGAUAUCGACCCGUGGAGCACAGCUACUACAAGCGCUCCUUUCUGGGCGCCGCUGUCCGCGGAUCCGGCGGACUUUCGGCGUCCGGCGGAGGAGGAGGUCGCCUCGACGGCAUCUCUGCCGCGGAGCUGGGUGGCGCCGGUCGCCUCUUCCGCUCCAGCGGCAGCCACGCCCACGGCGGCGUCGGCCUGGGCGCCACUGCCGGCGGCUCGGGAAGUGGGCGUGGCAGUUACGGGGAUACCCGCUGCCUGCUCGAUGCCGACUUCAAUCGCAAUGGCAUCACCAGCAACAUACAACUAGCCUGUGUAGUUCAACGAAUCUGGCUGCUCAUCUCGAACAUAUGCCACGGCCUGCUAGCCGGUCUAGCUCUGGCCCACCUUCUCUUCGUGCUGAGCAGCCACCCCAUGGACUGGGCCAAGGUCAUCAAUGGCAUGAGUCUCGCGGGCGAGACGAUGUCCUCGACAGCACCAACCCCAUCCGCAUCGACGCCAUCGGCAAUGGACCUCGAUCCUGGCGAUCGGGGCACGGAGUCGGGUGGACCCCCAUCCUCAGGCUCAUCAGGAUCCGGGACAGGAGGCAGCGACGCCCUGGCCCUGAUAACCGACUACGCGGGAUUCGCGGAGAUCUACUUGAAUACCUUCUACUGCUUGGCCAUAAUCUGUCUGGUUUCUGUAUUCGAUCGCAUGGACAUUUGCCGCUGGAGCUUCUCGAAUGCCAGCGAACUGAUCUCGUUUCGUUGGCUCAUCAUCACCAUGAUAUAUGUGGCGACAAUAAUCCUAACAAUUUGCUCCGACUCCAUAGACGAGAAGCUGUACCUGUUCAACAACAACGCCAACAUAACGCUGACCCAGCAGGAGAUGCUGAGCAACAGUGUGCAGAGCGUUUGGAGCAGUCUGUCGGUCACGAGGAGUAUUGCCGCCAUAUCGGGAUGGAUUAUGAUCGGACUGACGCCGCAGGAGGAUAUGCUGUAUGAGCACCUGGUGGAUCUCACCAAAUAUCAGUUGACAAAUAAUUGAAUUUAAGGCGAACGCGACAUUUCGACACGUUGUAAAUAGUUUUGUAGUUGAACUCUUAGCAGCUAUUGUUCAGUUAUUGGCUUUUUAUAUGUACGGCAUAAUCGAAACGCAAUAGGACUCUUAUGUGUACCCAAAUCUUAAGCUUUAAUGUCGUCUCCCAAGGAUUCACGUUGAUGCCCUUCGCAGGCCGCUAGAACAAACCAAACCCAAGAAAACCAAUUAUAUGACAACCAAAGAACCUAAGGGUUAACCUUCGAGUUAGUUAACUAAGCAAAGUAGUAGACGCUGGAUAAAGAUGCAAUAUAAAGAAGGAAAAUUAUAAAAUACUAUAUUUACCAGGUAGAUGUAUCCGUGUACUUAUGCAUAUAUACAAUAUGUUACCUAUAUAGAUAUACACAUGCUGAUAUACAUUAUAUAUGCGAACAUAGAAAUAUUUACAAUACUUGAAAUAAUUUUCCUUACACAUAUCGUCUAAAGAAACCGAAUCCUUUGUUUAUUGAUCGUUGCGGCAAUUUUACAACAAAAGGCUUCCCCAAAUUAGAUCAACAGUCGAUAAAGGUUGAGUACCGACUAUAUAAUAAUUAUUUAAGCAGAUGUCAUUUGUAAAAAGUUUUGCUAUGAAGCGAAAAUAUAUGUGUACAUAGAAAUAUAUAGAAAUUAUUUACACAGAGAAUGUUGAAUUAUAUACAUACCCAAAUAUUAAGCCAGUAUGUGAGUACUGAAGUUUUUAAUGAUUCAUUUUAAUUUCCUUAGACAUUUUCUUAUUUCGUUGUUUAUAUAUAAUUGUUAAAAUUCCCUUUAUUUUUUGAGGCAUUAAAAAGACAAUUCGAAAUUUUACCUGAGCUGUAUAUAAACCGAGUGCAAUAAAAUAACGAAUAUUAAAGUUUUAUUAUACACUAACCAAUAUACAGAGACAAGUGUAAUAAAUAUAUAGAAAAAUGAUCUAACGAAUCGAUCAAAGGGAAUGGACAAGGAAAUCUCAUUGUAAACUUGUAUAUAAAAAAUAUAAACGCAAAUAAACAAAAAUAAUGUGUAACAGCAAGA